AUGGCCUACGCAGAGGACGAAUUGGGCGUGGACGCCGGUCCUCCGAUGCGUCACGUAUCAAAUGCAAAAAUGUCUGGGUCGGGAAGGAUUCCAAUUUGUGAUGCGAAUUCUACAUCAUGAGAAAUUCUGUCAUGCAUGGCCAGCAAAAGGCCCCGUGCCCGUUUCUUGUUACCGAAGCAGGGGAUUUGUCAUGCGUCUUAGGCCUUGGGAGACCUGCUCGAAAUCUGUGCUGCUGUGCUGGCUUGCAUGCCAGACAAUCCGGGUCAGGCAAAACUGCGUCACAAAUCUCGAAUUCUUCCAGACCCAGACACUUUUGCAUCUGAUACCACGAGGGCAACUACCAGUCGGAGGAUGAGGAAGAUGACCCCGAAGACUAUUUGGACGAUUUCGAGGAUGCAGGUAAAAUUCAUCAUGCUUGCAGUCUGGGUUCUUCUUCUUGCGGUUAAAAGCAUUUCGCAAGAAGAAGGCUACAAUCUACAAUAUCAACAUGACAUUGACAUGAAAAUAGACGAUCAUAUCGCAUUCCAAAUCCAAAACCAACAGAAUCCUCCAACGCGCCGAGCCGCAAUGGGACGGGCGGCGAGCGCGUCUCGCUUAAAGACGUGAUGGACGGCAUAGCGGCCGGACACAGCGACCCAAUUGCGGCGGCCAAGCUGGGCAUCGUGGACACGGCGAGCAAUCCAAAACUGCACUUCCAGCGGACGGACAGCGUACUCGGGGAAAACCCGAGGCCGUUCAAAAGUUUGAUGCCGGAGAGGACGACAAAAGUUGGGGUGAGUUUUACUAAAUUCUGAUUCUCAUACUUAGUCAGAUGAUCGAUGUCUCUUGUUUUGGUACAACUGCUUCCGUUGCUGUAGGCCAUCUACAUCGACGAUCUGCUUCUGCAAGCAGAAUCUAGUGAAUAUACUAACUUCCAACUUGUUGAAAUUAUCAGAUAGAGAAAGGGCUGCAAUUCUCCCGUUCCCGUUCUAGUUUCAGUUCUUCCGCUUUCGUCCCCGACCAGUCCCCGGAGGCCAUCCUGGAUUUUUUCAAGGAGCAGGGUAUCCCGAGCCCUUGGUGGGCGAGAAGGAAUUCGCUUAUGCAGGACCCGGCGAAACGCGAAAAGAUACGGGCGAAGUUUCGCGACUGCCAGUUUGCCACGAACGAGAAGCUGCUGGAAACGUUAGGUCUGAAAGAGGAUCCGGACGUGGACCCCUACUCCCGCGUGGCGGAAUUUUUCGACGUAGACACGCCCGCGCCGGGCGAUUUUAUCCGUGACGCAAACGAGGCACUGGAGUAUUUCCGCGAGGAACAGCAGGAGCGCUUCAAAGACGUCGGCGCAUUAUGGAUUGCAAAAAUGUCUGGAUCUGGAAGACUGCAACUUGUAAUGCUGUCUUUAAAUUCCAAAAAAAUCUGUAUUGCAUGACCAGCAACAGGACUCCAGUUUGUGUUACGUGGAGAGGGCAUUUCUCAUGCGGAAUAGGCAUUAGGUUUAGGAAGCGCUCUAAAAAUCUGUGUCGCUAGAUCAUGCAUUAGAGGCAUCAAUCAUCAUAGAAAAUAUGCAUGACAAGUCUGCAUUCUUCCAGACCCAGACACUUUUGCACUUGAUACGCAUUGGCGAAAAGCAUAACCGGUCCGGUGUUCGCGGUGGAAUCUCUCGCGGGAGCGGACCAUGGGUCGUCGCUCAGUCCGAAAAGCCAAAGCGGUGGUAGAAGACCGUCUUCUGCCCCAGGAGCGGGUAACAGGAGAGUCGUGUCCAAAAGAUCCUCCAGUGCGGCGGCCGGCCGCAGAUUCAGCCGGGAUUCCGCUGGUUCGGCGAGCAGUAAGAAUGAGCAGACGGAAAAGUUAGGGUCGGCAGAAUUGGAGGACACGGACCACAUCGCGCACCUGUCGAAACAGGAAGAGCAUGAUUUGCGGAACCUAGAACAGGCAGAAAAUGCGAAAUUCGUGCUGUGCGGCGACGCGGACGAUAAGGAGGCGGUGCGGAGGAUUCUGGUUAACAAUAACUUGUGGAUGCUCGCGCAAAAGGAGCAGGAGAAGGCGCAGCGGUCGAUGUUCGACCGGCACGCCAUCACGAAAUCCCGGUUGAGCAAAAAGCGGUGGUUUUUGGUGAAAGCCUUUGGCCGUGCGGCAAUUGAGAUGGGCCCGCGGGACUUCGAGGGAGUCACCUUCCUCCAGCGGUGCUACGCGGAGCGGGUGGUCCCGAAGCAGGCCGAGAAGGAGGCGUGGGCCAACGCGAUGGCGCUGUUCAAUUUGCGAGAAGCCGACCAGGAGUUGCCAAAUGGACACAAGAAGAAGGUCUUCGUCGUGCCCGAGGAACCGCCACUGCGACGAAGCGAAGCGGAGCAGAAAAUUGCUUUUCAGCGCAUGUUCCAGGGCCUCGGGCCGAACGAUGAUCUGACGGGGGCGAGAGCCGCAUCUUCGAAUAGUAGGUCAGUAUCACCAGCGAAAAAUAUGAAAGACAAGACGCUGAAGAAGGGCAUGACCUUCGCGUUCGGUCUCGGUGCGCACUACAAAGAAGGGGAAACGGUCGUGCUAGACCACGAACAGGAAGAGAUGAUGCAAGAACAGCAUCGAGCGGAAAGGGUGUUAAAAACCGCGUCACAAGAGUCCGCAAACGCCAUGAACAAAGUCUCAUCUCUUGUCUCGUCAAGAAGACCAGGAGCAGGAGAAGACUCACAUGGCGGAAACGAAAAUGAAUCUCCUUCGUCCAUGGUGACCACGCUGCGCCCCGACGAGUUGAAAGCGAGGACUUUACUGCAAGAAACUGAGGAUUUGCAGCUGGAG